AAUUCUUGAAAUUCUAUGCUAUAAGCUUCAUUCUUUAUUUAUUAAUAUUGUAUCUUUACUAUGUUUUUCUGCUGUAAUUGGCACAACCACACGCGAGGUUGUACGUGCACUUUGACAAAAGUUGAAAUGAAUGUUUCUAAUGAUUAAUACAAGACUUGUGGCGGGAGUGACAAGCUGUCUUGUGGUUAACGGUUGUGAUAAUUUUUCCUACAUCAAAUAGCCUAAUUAAACAUUUCUCUGCACCCAUAACCCAAACAUUAAAGUAUGUUUGCGAUACCUAGCCAGUCGUGUAAAUACAAUUUGAUGUUAAAUAAUAUCGUAUAUAGCUACAAUAUAUAUGAACUUAUUAAUUUCCCUUUGAAAAUUCUCCAUGCUCUUUCAUAUAAAUUUCUACGUGCUCUCUGUAGGGAUUCUUUUCGCUUGCCCGUUUUGACGUCUUCAAGUCGCGUUCACUGAACGCUUAAUAUAUAGUCAAGAAUUUAAUAAAAUAUCUUUUAAAUUUUAACAACGCCGCUCUUUGUCGGUUGUCUUUGCGCUAUUAUGCAACUCGUAAACCGUAUCGUCUACAUCUAAACGUUAUAAACAUAUGUAAAUUCAUGCACAAUUACUCAUCACUCCAAGUAUGUUUUAAAACGAACUUUCAAUCAUAGUUAUGGCGUGUCUUUUCCAUGUGGUCUUGCUUCAUCCAAUGCAGCGUGUCUUGCUCUUUGUAUUACAGUAGAUAUUCAUUAAUUGUUCUUAAUCUUGCAAAUUUCGCUUUUACUGUAUGGUGUGUAAUAACGGUCAAGCUAUUUUUCUUUUUGAAAACCUUACAACUUUAACUGGUACAAAUGAUGCAAUUGCGAGUAAUUCCUUUAUUUAUGCAUGGUAAUCAAGUGUUUGUGUUUAAAAUUAAAGCAAUGGUACUCAGCUGACGUUUCGUUUAUGCAACGCAUUGUUAAUUUUCUAUGGUUUCAUUGUGAGUACUAUUCAACUGUGUACGCACGUGUAAAUUUCUUACAUCACCCAGUGCAUGUGUACACAAAACAUUUUUAAAUGUGUAUAAAUGACUACGCUUCUUUAAAGAUUAAAGUACUUGAAAUUGCUCUCAGCAUGAAGAAUAAUUUAUGAUGGGUCAUUACAUAUAGAAAAAGCGGGAUUUUUCAUUGCUGGACUGUGACGGUGAAAGAGAACCAACAGAGAACAAGGUCGUCUCUUCUGCCCGCUGUAAUUGAUCUAUGAAAGUACAACCUACUUUACCAUUUGGAAUUUUACUGCGGUUAUUCAUAGAUACACCAGUGAACUCGUUCUUCUUUUGUGUAUCUGUCAGCGUCUACAUACUAAACGCCAACUUCAUUGGCCACAACGUCAUUUCAGAAUUACAAUUCCAAACAACUGAUGGAGGUGCAACAUCGCUUGCACAUGCGACCUACAUUCACGAGUGAUUCGAUGGCCAGUUUUCCGUGUAAUCGCAUGGCACCAUAUCCCAUUCAUGGUAUAGGAUUGUCGCACCAUCCAAGUUAUGAUAUGUUGGGACCGUUGGCGUCGAACUAUGGUCAUCACCCCCCACGAAAGCAGCGUCGAGAGAGAACGACAUUCACAAAAGGACAACUGGAAAUACUUGAAGCCCUUUUUGCCAAAACGCGCUAUCCUGACAUAUUCAUGCGAGAAGAUGUUGCCAUGAAAAUAAAUCUUCCUGAAUCACGUGUUCAGGUUUGGUUUAAAAAUCGACGUGCGAAAGUUAGGCAACAACAACAAAACAGCGAAGGAAAGCCAAAACCAAAGAAAAAACCACCUACACCCAAAGAUUCUCCAAAGAUUCCAGUUACAUCUGGUUAUCCUCAAUAUCCUAGCUGUGGAGCUAACAUUUGGAGUCCUGUUGGGGAUCAAUCGGUACUCAAUCGGCCACCUCCGUAUGCACCAUCCCUUAUGAACAACCCAUUACCCACCAUGGGAAGCUCUUCAUCCAUGCUUGUACCAGGGCCACCACCUCCACCGCCACGUUAUUGCUCAUCGUCCCAGGACUACUCGUACAUGAGCAUGCAUUUCAAUCCACCACCAAGCUCGGUAUCGCCUUCAUACGACUAUCUAGAACAUAAUGGCUUGCCUACCGGACAGCCGCUGUCUAUGCCAGGAGGCAGCAAUAUUUCUCGUGUGUAGCACAAGAAUUGCUUGUGAAUGUUGCCAGCUGUAGACUAUGGAAUGCGAACAAUCCAGAUUAAAUGCGAAGGUGAAAGUGUCAUUGAUAAAUACGAAAUGACAUAAAAUGUGUUCGAAAAGUGUCUUCCUCCUUGAGGAACAUUUUUUAAUUCCAGAAAAAUUAAAAUACAUGGAAAUAUUUUGACAGUGGGAAUACUUUCAGAUGUAAUCUGAAACUGGAAUAGAACAAGAGAGUUGUCUUGUGUUUAACAAGUACUGAAGAAAUUAAAGUAUUUAUGUGCUAAAUGAGAUUAUAAGAUACAAAGUGUUGAACUCAAGGUUACUUGUAACUUUAAUAGAAAGACAUUUAUUUAUUUUCCAACGAUAAAAAAUGGUCGUUUGUUGUGGGUUGGUGCCGUAUUUAUGCCUAAUAUUGGUGUUUAAAUUUCAAAUUGAAACUUCAGUAACCUUAACUGACCUACAUUGACGAAAUAUAAUUGUGAAUAGUACAAAUGGAAAGAUGUACAGAUUUAAAUACUAGUUUAGGUAGUUUCAUUAAAUUUUGACAUAGCUUUGA